CGGAAAAGAGUCUAAGAUCCUGUUCGUGGAGACCGUCGGCGAUCUCUAGAACGGUACCUGUAGUCCAUCUCCAGUUGCUGGCAUCAGCCCCCAGAAGGGCCUGUGGAGGGUCUCCUUACAGGUCCUUUGGCAUAGGUGGUUUGAGUACUGCGCCACCCAAAGCCGGCAGUUGCACGUUAUCAAUACUAGCAGCACGCACGUAGCCACCUGCGCCGCUCGGGCGGAUGUCACCCCCGGAACGUUACGUGGGGGCGCCCCUAACUCCAGCCAGUCGCCCCCCAGGCGACCCUCCUCCGGCGUCCACGCUCUGCGAUCUCCGCCUAACAAAUCCCAUAUCGCUGGAAAAAAUCAGAUCGGACGGUCGAUCAUCGCCGCGGUUUUCGCUCAUCGUGCGCCCGCCAAUCCCCGGGGGGGCGUAGGAGGCUAGGGACUUCGUCUUCGGUUUCACGGCGGUACUUGCCAUUAGCCUUGGAAUCCUUCCACGCUUCCUGCUCCCACCACGGACGAGGAACUCCCAGUCCGUGUCCUUCGCAAUCAGUUGCGCCCGUUCCAUGGAUACGCCCCCAGUGAAGCGAUCCUCUCCGCCCUCCGCUGACCGUGGCCGUCCCUCGAAACGGAUCAAGACCCUCAAUGAAGAACCGGCGCAGUACAGCGAUGCGGUGCGAAAAAAACUUGCGGCGACCUCCCGUACGGGACAGGCUUGCGAUCGGUGCAAAGAGAGGAAAAUGAAAUGUGACGCAGAUCCCAUGGCAUGUCAGCCGUGUCGUCAAAAGGGCCUGCGAUGCUACACCACCGACCGCGUCACAGGUCAUGCCCGGGAAAGAGGAGAGUCAGACCGCGCAGAAAAUGAGCUGCUUUUCUUGAGGGAGCAACUGGCCGCCUACCAGCACAGGUACGGGCCUUUGCAACGAUACGAUCCCAAAGAGCUCCCUGUGCCCGCGACGCCCAAAGAGUCUGCUCCUGUUGUCGUGCCGUAUCCUACAGCAUCUGUUCCAGACUCACGCUAUGUCGGUUGGCCUGCGCCAGACAACUCAGAGCCACUGCGUUCUGGCCCAGUCAAAGGCACGCUGGUCGAUAUCAUGGAUGGAACAAUCGACAUUGCAGCAUGGGACUGUGAGAUGAUGAGGGACUACCAUCCAGACAUGAGGAACCGCUUCAAUCUCUCCAGAACAUCCAUCUACAACACGAUAGCAGGGUACCAACGGGUGGAAGAUCCCAAACUCCCUCCCAGGGAGGAAGCUUUGCGUGACGCCAACCACUUCCUCGUCAUCAUGUCUCAAUAUGUCCCCAUUGUGCACCGGCCCAGCUUCCUGGAACUGGUACACAAAUUCUAUGAUCAUCCGGCACUUAUGACGCCUGCGGAACGGGUGCAAGUAAUCAUGGUGUUUGCCAUUAUUGCACAUCAGACUGCCGUCCGAAAUCACUACCACUCAUUAGAAAAGUUUGAAGACUCGCAUCGGUAUUUGCACUAUGCGCUAGGGUUCUACCGUGACCUCUGGCACGAUCGGUCUCUGAGCUCCAUGCAGGCCAUGGCUUUGAUCAUCUUACAUUUCCGCAACCUGCCUAAACCAGGGGUUUCGUGGACCUAUAGCAACAAAGUUCUUGUCCGAGCCAUGGAGUUGGAAUAUCAUCGUGAUCCUGACAAGAUUGAGCUCCCCGAGGGCGAGACAGACCUUCUCUCAAAAGAACUUCGCAAGAGAGUUUUCCACUCAAUACUGGGAAUAUGCGUGACGACCGGCUGCAGGGUUGGUUUACCUGCGCCAUGGCAGUUUCAGCACAUCGACAUCCCUCUACCCAAACCUAUCAAGGACUCGGAGUUGUCGAAGCAUGGCAUUGUUGCCCCCCUUUCGGGCCACUGCGAAUUCUGGCCUUGUAUCCAUUUGGCCAAGCUGCUUCCACUACUUACCGAAUUACAUAACAACGUUAUAGCAGUCAGGAAGCCUGCUGCCGAUUAUCUUCGCACGGUGCACGCACUGAACACAAAGAUCAACGCUUGGCGACAGGACUGGGAUGAAUCGAUCAAGGGUGAAACCAAGCAUGUCAAUCUCAGCGUUGCGACUCAUCUCAUGGACACAUGGGCAGCAGAAUACCAGUUGAACCUGCACCAUCCAGUGUGUUGUACAAGCGAAGACCCGGAGGUCCAGGAGCGACAUCUGGACAUCUGUCACAAAGCUGCAAAACGAUUACUCCAAAACUUCCAUAUUCUUUCCAGCAAGUACAAAGGCGUCGACUUCACCUGGCACUCGACGUUGGCAUAUGCGACCGGGUUUGGGGUGACAUUAUACGUUUACAGGCGCCGGAAAACAGCAUUGAGCGUAGAACAGUUCGACGUCAUGAGGAACGAGCUGAAAGGCUGGAUUUCUCUAAUGGCCUACGCUGACUUGGUGUUGAGAACGCACAACCAUUUACAACGGUUAUUUCAGCCUCGUGUGCAAGCUCUGGAAGAAGAAUACCGAAGACUCAUGGUCGACGUGGCUCCUAAACCACCACUCUCGAACAACAACAAUAAUACCACCAGUAGACAAUCACACACUCCAUCAUUCAUGCCCGUCAACGGGUCUAGUAUCUCGCUUUCUCAAAAACUCGGACCACAGAACUUGAACCACAGCAAACCCAGUCUGAACUUGGGGAUCGGUGGCAGCCCUGCGCCACACCAUCCACUACCACGACACAAAAAGACACUUCCUCAGCCCCUGCUCAUGCACGCCCAAAUUCGACCACAAAGCCAGCCCCAGUCGCCGUCGAACCCCCUUCCGCCACCGCAGCAGUGGCCUCCUCUUUCAAUUCCGUUUCUGGCGCAACCAGGACACCACCCGGUGGCAGGGGUAAAUGGAGCCGUCAACGGCACGGGAACAAGUCCGGUUUCACCCAUGUUUUCAUCUCCAUUCUCCCCCUCGCCGGCAACAGGACUCGCUACGCUUGCGUCCCCAUUGACUGGCCAGUCGAAUGUCCCGACAUCGCUGGCUUCGCUGCUGAACGAUUCUGCUGGUUUGUAUGUUAGUUACCCGGCACCGGCGCCGUCACGGGCUCCAUCGAACGGUCUCGACGGGAGUGGCAGCGGCGGCGGCACAGGCGAGGAUCCGCUCAUGAUUUUCUCGCCGGGUCAUUACUUGGCUGGUCCGAGUCCGCAUGGGUGGCCGCUGAUUUCUAUGCCGGACGGCCAACAGUCACAAUAGUCAUAAAAAGCCAUCUUUGGUUGUUAUAUGUAUAUGCAUGGGGCUGAUUCUUUGUUUGUGUCUGUAUUUUGGGGCAUGUUUCUGGUCCAAGGUCGAAACGAAUAUUGUCUAUCUAGGCUAGCGGGUGGUGUUGGUGGUUGGGUCGGGCCUGUUUCUCGCUACACUGGUGCUUUCCAAGCAGCUCGAAAAGGCUGUGCUUAGCGGAUAUGUAUAUAUGUACAAAUGCUAUGAGUGGACAUUUAUCGAAUAUGUUAUUUUAUCUCCGCCAAAGAUUACCAGCUGUAUGCUUGGUUUGCGCAUGCAUCGAAUGACGAGCAUACAUUUAAAUUUCCCUCUUCUGACGGCAAC